UCCAACAUUUAACGUCUUCUUUGACGCAAUGGAUCGAGGUAACAACGAUCGUGGGGAUUAUGAUGGCCGUGGCCGAGGCCGUGGUGGAGGCAGAGGAGUUGAUUUUUCUGGCCGCGGAACAGGAGGUGACUCAUUUCGUCGCGGACGUGGCGGAGGAAGAGGAGGUGACUUCUCUGGCCGUGGGCGUGGUGGUUACGGUGGUGGAAGAGGCAGAGGCUACCAGCACCCACCGCGACACCAUCAGUACGGAGGAGGAAGAGGCAGAGGCUACCAGCACCCACCGCAACACCAUCCGUACGGAGGAGGUAGGGUUUCGGAGGGCGGCGAUGAUGGAAGCCAUCCGCGCAACCGAUCGGCAGAGGAUCGGAUGGUAUCAGUAGGGACAUCGGCCGGCAAUGUUGCACCUCAGACUCUCACUCAGAUUCUCACUCAGAUGCUUGGUAGCAUUUCUGUUCAGGAGGUUCCAAAAGCACGUCAACCUUCAAAGGGUAGCGUUGAAAAUGCAUUUAAUCCGGUUAGGCGCCCAGACCGCGGUGGUACACUUGCAUUGAGGACGGUAAAGCUUCUUGUCAACCAUUUUCCUGUCUCAUUCAAUCCAUCAAACACCCUACUACACUACGAUGUAGAAGUCAAACGAGAGGGGUCUUGUGACAAUCAGUCGGUUAAAAGGUCCAUAACAAAGGAUGAUCUCCGUUUAAUCAGGGAGAAAUUAUGUUCUGAGAGACCUGAUUUAUUCCCAUUACUGAAAACUGCCUAUGAUGGCGAGAAGAAUAUUUUCAGUGCAGUUCGGUUGCCGGUAGGGACCUAUAAGGUCCAAUUAUCUGAUGGUGGUGUUACUAAUGGCCGAACAUAUGAAUUCACCAUCAAAUUUGUGAAUGAGGUAAGGCUGUCGAUGCUAAAAGACUACUUGAGCGGGAAAUUUUUGCAAAUUCCUCGUGUUGUGUUACAGGGAAUGGACUUAGUAAUGAAGGAAAAUCUUUAUUCUCACAAGAUCUCGAUUGGGAAGGGUGGUAGGGGGUUCUAUCCUAGAGUGUUUGAAAAGGGGGAUGAUCUUUAUUGUGGUGUUGCGGCAUUUAAAGGUUUCCAGCAGAGUUUAAAGCCAACCUCCAAUGGGUUAGCAAUGUGUUUGGACUACUCUGUUUUGGCAUUUCGCAAACGGAUGCCUGUUAUUGACUUUCUUAAGGAACGUAUUCCCAGCUUUCAAGGAGUUGGUGACGUUCGUAGGCUACAGAGGGAAGUUACAGAUGAAUUGAAGGGCUUGAAGGUAACUGUGACUCAUCGUCGUACCAAACAGAAAUACACUAUUGCUGGAUUGAGUGAUGAAAUCACAAGGAAUAUCUUAUUUGAGCAAGAAGACCCCAAGGGCAAAGAAGAACCAAAAACCGUCAUGCUUUUGGCUUACUUUCAGGAGAAAUGGGGCAAAGAAAUACAAUACAAAGAUAUUCCUUGUUUGCAGUUGGGAAGGGGUAAAAAGCCAAACAGUGUUCCAAUGGAGUUUUGCGUGUUGGUUGAGGGUCAAAGAUGUUCCAAGGAGGAACUGAGUAAGGAAGCCAACAAGAAACUAAGGGGCUUGUCGCUUAUUCCUGCAAGGCAGAGAAGGACCGAGAUACAAAGAAUGGUUCAAGAGGAAUAUGGACCUCAUGCCUCUAGGGAUCGCGUCAUUCAAAAUUUUGAAUUUGGGAUUGGCAUGAGCAUGACAGAAGUCUCUGGCAGAGUGAUGCCACCACCUAAUUUGAAGGUUGGUUCCUCAAACGGCAGGAUGCAGUCUAUGGAAGUCGACAAGCUUAAAUGUCAAUGGAAUCUUCUUGGGGGGAAAACUGUAGUCGAGGGAAAAGCAGCCGAGUGUUGGGCCUUGAUCGAUUUCAGUGCCGGCAAAUGUAAUACAGAUUAUUUUAUUGACAAAUUGAUGAAUCGAUGCAGAAGCCUCGGUGUAGGCAUGGAGGAUCCUCUAGUGGUCCGUCUCUCUAAUAUGAGAGAACUGUCUAGUGUUGAUGGGCUUUUUCGUCUUCUUUCAAACAUAGUUGAAGAGGCUGAUCGGAGAUGCAAAGGGAAAUUGCAAAUUAUCAUUUGUGUGAUGGCUUCCAGGGAUGAAGGUUAUAAGUCUCUGAAAUGGGUCUCCGAGACAAGGAUCGGGGUGGUGACUCAGUGCUGCUUGUCUACUGAAAUCAACAAAGCAAAUGAUCAGUACUUUGCGAACCUUGGUUUGAAGAUUAAUGCCAAGCUCGGAGGUAGUAAUGUUGAGCUUGUUAAAAGAUUCAGUUGUUUCUCGGACGAGGAUCACGUUAUGUUUAUCGGUGCCGACGUAAAUCAUCCUGCUGCAUCCAACAAAACGUCCCCAUCCAUAGCUGCUGUUGUGGCUUCUGUUAACUGGCCUGCUGCAACCCGCUAUGCUGCCCGUGUCUCCCCGCAGUUUCACCGACAAGAGGAGAUUGAAAACUUGGGGAAAAUGUGUUUGGAUCUGAUCAAAACUUACGAACAGGUGAAUCGGCGUAAACCCAACAAGAUCAUUGUGUUUCGUGAUGGUGUAAGUGACGGCCAAUUCUAUAUGGUUCUCAACAACGAACUGGUCGAUCUGAAAUUGGCCAUUUACGACGAAGAUUACAAGCCAUCGAUCACGCUCGUAGUUGCACAGAAACGGCACACGACUCGUUUAUUUCCAAAAACGGAGAGGGAUGGGGUGCACCCUGGGAACAUACCUCCAGGGACAGUUGUAGAUGAAGGUAUCAUCCAUCCUUUGGAGUUCGAUUUCUAUCUCAACAGUCAUUUUGGAGGGCUGGGAACGAGUAAGCCGACACAUUACUCGGUGCUGUGGGAUGAGAAUGGGUUCUCGUCUGAUACGAUGCAGGAGCUGAUCUACUAUCUGUGUUACACGUAUGCACGGUGCACGAAACCCGUAUCUCUCGUGACCCCAGUGUACUAUGCGGAUCUGGUUGCGUACAGAGGUCGUAUGUUUCAAGAAGUGGCGGCACAACUUCCAGCGUUAGCGGCAUCGGGUGGUUGGUACAAUAAUCAGGCGUUUUAUAAUCUGGAACCAGGGCUGAAGGAUUGCAUGUUCUUUGUGUGAAGGGAAGGAAUGAGUUUGUGCGGGAAUCUAAUUCGUUUUUGUGUCUUCAGUUAUCAUUCCCUUGCUCCUUUAAACAGAUAUUAUCUUAUCUAAUGCAUAAGUUUUUUUUAACUGGAGAUUAAAUCCCUAAGUGGCCAUGUGUUUACUGUUAAGAUUUUCGAUUGUUCCUAUGAUUCCUACCAAAGAAGUCAUUUAAUAAGUGAGGGUUUGGUAAAUGUCGGU